AUGACUAAAACCAGCAAAAAAGCCUUCGAAAUUGUCUUCCUUCAGCUCCUUCCUUUACUUUUUGAGGUACCUUGGAUACGCACAUAUAAAAAGCUUAUCAAACCGAAGCUUGAUGCCAUUUUCAUGAACAAAUCCUCACCUGUCCCGGUUUUUAAUGCAUUGACAAGAUUUACAGCAACAUAUGGUCGGGAACAAGUUCUUGACCCACCUAAUAUUAGGAAAUCAUUCCACCCAAAAGUCCAUUAUGAGGUGUAUGGGGAGGGUGUCGAGGCUCCAGUAUCCGGUAGAAGGAGGAGCGUCGAUAGUACUGCCAUCUCUUUUGUCCAGGCCAAAUUGGGACUACAUGCGCAUGAGGUGGUAUACCACAGUGGCUAUUCCUCUGAUAUUGUCGACCAUGCCUACGUCAAGCAGGCACAUAACAAUAUCACCUUCUCUAACGCUGUAGGAAAUGUGGCAUUGAAGAAGGGAAAGGUCGUGGCAUUUGGGUCAUCUUUUGUUCCAGUUGACAAGAUUGCGUCUUCGACUCCAUCUAUUUCGCUGGCCUCUGCCAUUACAAGCGCCGAAAAAAGCUUGGACGGUACCCACAACGGUCACCCUCCAUACCUUGAAUAUUUUGUCCAACCAGAUGGAUCAAUUGCACUUACCCACGUUAUCCAGAUUAAAAACGCGGACAAGGGGACAUGGUAUCAAGCACAUAUCGAUGCCCACUCUGGAAAAUUAGUGUCUGCCUCAAACUUCGUGUCCCACUUAUUUAUGGAAGCGCUUUUCAUAACGAUACAAUCAAUCACCGAGGGACCAGGUCAAUUACAACUGUACACGUUAGCAGACUUGGACGCAUCACCCCUUGGAUGGCACUCCACGGGGGGCCCCUUGACCAAUACCACCUCUGGCAACAAUGUCAUUGCUUCCAGCUACGUCACCAAACUUCCGAUUCACCAAACCUCUGCUCCGACGAACUUCGUCUAUUUUUACAACACAACUGUUGACCCUCUCAAUGGCACCAAUCCGCAGGCUGGAGCAGUUAACGCAUUUUAUGUCAUGAACUCAGUCCACGACUUCGCUUACAUGUAUGGAUUUGAUGAGAAGGCGUUUAACUUUCAGGUGAACAAUUUUGGAUUGGGUGGUGUUGGUGGCGACCCUGUUCUUUUAACAGUUCAAGAUACGAGAAAUUUCAAUACCGCGCAAUUCGCUACACCUCCCGAGGGACAAUCACCUGAAUGUAGUACUUACCUAUUCACGGGCCCAGGAAAUGCGGUUAGGCGUGAUACGGACAUGGACAACUCGAUGCUUGUCCACGAAGCUACACACGGCAUUACUAAUCGUUUGACAGGUGGUGGAACAGCGGACUGCCUGGGCAGCCUGUAUUCCUCGGGUUUGGGAGAAGGCUGGUCAGACAUGAUGGCGGACUGGGUCUCCCAAUCUCCAGACCCAGUACAGGACUUUACAUUUUCCCGUUAUCUGUUCAACGAUACUCAUGGAGGACGCAAGUACCCAUAUUCGACUGACCCAGCGGUCAAUCCUCUUCGUUUUUCUAGCUUGACCGGAGUCACGGAUGUUCACAGUAUUGGCGAAGUAUGGGCUAAUAUGCUACACAACGUCUACGCCGUGCUCGUAAACAGCUUCGGUUUUUCCAAUGAAGCUAGGGUCAACCCUGACGUUAACAAAGGAAACGUCAUCUUCUUACACUUGUUUAUGGACGCGCUUUCGAUCCAGCCUUGCGAGCCUUCGUUCCUUCAAGCUCGUGAUGCUUUCAUACAAGCUGACCACAACCGCUACAACGGCACACACGCCUGCAUGAUUUGGAAAGCGUUUGCCUCCCGUGGACUUGGAACGAACGCAGUACAAAAUCCGGCCGCUUUCCUCGACGGUUCGAAUGUCCCCUCGGAAUGCGAGUGA